GUGUACGAAGUUUGAAUCGGGGGGAAAACAUGUCGGAUAUUUUUGAGAGCAUUUUAUAAAAAGAAAACAAUCAAGAUGUCGUUCAAUAAAGAGAAGGUAAAGAAGGAGUUGCUACAGAGUUUGGAGGUAGCCAUGUGUAAAUUACACAGAAUAUGGAGUGAGAUUGGUAUCUGUGAAACACAACGCCAGGAAAGAUCUGGGACUGUCAUGUUGCAUCUUCGCAAUCUCCUGGAUGAAAUGGUUAAUGAAGAGGAAUCUUUGAAAAAUUCCAUCUCACAGAGAACAGAAAAAUACAGACGAGAGUUAGAUAUUUUAACUGAGGAACUGUCUAUGCCAGAAUAUAAGGUCAAAGUAGACCUGUCAAUGCUCCAACUGGAGAAAGACUUGAAGUUGAAGUGUGAGACACUGGCGUUAGAGAAACGCGAGAGAAUGAAGGCCUUACAAACUCUGAAGGAGGAGGAUCAAAAACUGUGUGAUCUGAUGUGUCUGACUCCCUACUACAUCCCCACUGGCACCACGCCGAGUGCUGAACAGUUAGAGGCCCUCGAAAAACAUGUCAACUCUCUCAAAACUGAAAAGGUAAAACGAUUUACAGAGUUUGUAAAUAUCAAAAAAGGGAUUGUGGUGCUAUUCCAAGAAAUGGACAGAACACCAGAGUCAGACUUUGAAAGAGAUGUUAUAUGUGAAGAAGACAACACAUUCCAGUUGUCCGAAGACAACCUGAAAUCCUUACGAUUAUUGAAGACGGAGCUGGAGGAGCUUCUGGAAGACUUGCGUCAGGAGUCGGUUAAAAUGUGGGAUAGAAUCCAUGUCCUGUGGGACAGGCUAGCAAUUUGCAGCGAGGAUCGUGCUACCUUUUCAGGGGGCAAGGAAGGGGUGAAACCCAUUGUCAUGCAGGCUUUAAAAGAGGAGAUUGCCCGGUGUGAGAAGCUGAAGUAUGAACACAUGCAGCGUUUCGUGGACAGUACACGGCGGGAACUGUCAGAGUGGUGGGAUAAGUGUUACUUCAGCCAGCAGCAGCGUGAUGCCUUCAAACCCUUCCAGAUCAGCGAUGACUACACGGAGCAGCUACUUGAGCUCCACGAUCUGGAAGUGGUCAGAGUACGGCAGAUAUACAACAACCAUCGUCAGCUGUAUGAAAACGUGGCAUGCUGGGAGGUACUGUUCACACAGAUGCUUGAGUUUGAGAGAAAAGCGUGUGAUCCCAAUAGAUUCAAUAACAGGGGAGGUAAUCUCCUUCAGGAAGAGAAGGCAAGGAAGAAACUCCUCAAGGAACUGCCCAAAGUUGAGGAGGAGGUGAAAGAGAACAUCGCCGACUGGGAAAAGGCCCAAGGACAGCAGUUCCUGGUGGAGGGCGAGCGGUUCAUGGAAUACAUAGAGUCCCGAUGGACCAGGUACCAGAAGGAAAAAAUAAAAGAAAAAGAGGACAGGAGUAAAGCCAAGGCAAAGUUGAUGGAGGAAGAGGUAUUCUUUGGCAGUAAACCUAACACUCCCGCUAAACGGCGCUUCCUCGGGACCCCCAGUAAAACACCAUCAAAGAUGAGGAAGCUCAAUGAUGGUGGAGUGUCUGUUCAAAUGUCCCUAAUCUCAAAGGGAAAUGAUACCACCCGUACGCCAGGAUCCUGUAGCAGAAUCGCUUCAUGUAGCCGUAUACAGCAUAGCAGUGUGUUCGCCUCCCCUUAUCGUAAACCCCCUGCAUCUACAAGUAAAUUGACCCCUGCUGGUAUAAAGUCGGGUAAAAUAGCCCGGCGACGGUCCAAUCGCAUCGCCCGUAAAGUGCUGUCGGAAAAGAACACACAGGACAACCAUGCAGUGACCAACGAAACCAUGUUUAGUCACACGACGGUAAGCAGCUGCUUCCAGCCCCUCACAAAUACAGGAGAGCUAUCCGUCGUGUCAACUGGGGACUACAAGGAAUUUGAAAGAGAGAUCAAAUCUCGGCCAUAUUGUCGCAGUAGUAUUUUACCAAGUCCUGGGAAGAAGUUUCAACACAUCAAGACUCUGCCAGAAAAAGUGAUGGAUGUGCACGGAAAAGGAACCUAUAAGAUACAAGUUGGACACUACCAUAGAAUGCCAGUAGCCGCCACCCAGAAAGAUGCACAGAUAUACCAACAUUAUCACCACCUGCUACCAAAAUCUCCCGGUUGUCACGUGACUGGCCAAAUCUCCCCCACAGCCUUGGUGACCAAUACUGAGAACUUCAUUGGUCGCAAUGGCGCUGCCUUUGUAACAGACUUUGGGCAAAUUGCAAGACAAGCCAACUCCAAUCCCGACAGAGCAGGAGGGUUUUUCAGCACACUAAGUCCUCCAAUAAUCAAUCUAAGUCCAAAUUUAAGCCCAACUGUAACAGAGCCCCGCAGAAGUCCGCCGUUUUACGACUUGAGAGAAACAACCAGAAGACGCGGAUUGCAAGAUCUGCAGAACAAUUACAGCCACAUCUACCACCACCACCAUCAGCCUGUGCUUCAUCAACAGCCAAUGCAGAACGCCGCCCAGCUAUGCGCAGCCGCUGUGGAAAUGAUCUCGGAGGACUCGGGCAGAAAGAAGCUUAAAGUAAUUUAUUGUCCAUUGUGCUUUGACUCGGAGUUCUGUCCGGGAUUGGAUGACAUUGCGUCAUGUGAUGGGGGCUCAAAGGCCAGUAUUGUCCCAGGACUUAGCUCCGAUCCAUUGAAAUUCAAGAUAGAAAAAAGUGAGAGCCCAAGUCGAAAGCGACGGAAAACCUCGGGAAGUUACAUUGAUUUGACCAACUCUCCGAGUCCACCCCCUUCACAGAACCGGGAAGCGCUGACAGAGAGCGCCAGGAUUGGCGGAGUGAGGCGCAGAGCUGCAAGUCUUCGUAGGACGUCCUUAGAUCGCAGCAACACACCGAGGGCUCGCAGAAGAUGGUUUAACAAGAAGUUUACAGAACUCAGUGGAUUGUGCUAUGAAAUGGCAAGUGAUUGGACUGUUGGGGCUUCUGUUGUGCGAGGUGUUGGUCCUGUACCCAUGGUCAUGCCGGUGAUGUCUGGUAGUCCACUGACAAUGGAAAUGAUGCCCAGUAACUUUGUGCCAGUAGGACGACAGGUUGUGAUGUUUCGUGAAGCGGGUAUUGACGGAUGUGCUUUGGAGGUUUGUCCCGGAGAGUUUCUCUACAUACCUCAGCAUGGAGUUCCUCACCGACAGCCAGAGCAUGGAAACCAACAAAUACCUCGGAACAGUUCCAGACAUGUCUCUCAAGCAUUGAAUUCUCAGCAUCAGCAGCAUUGUCCUACAGCCUCACUGCAACACUCUCCUGCCAUGGUGGAAUAUCCUGAACAACUGCACGAGCCAUCGUUGUCCCAACUUCACAGUGAAGGGCGCUUCCAUCCCUACUACACUGGAAAUAUUCAACAUCGACCGAUGCAUCAGCAACCAAGCCAGUUUGUUCAAGGAAGAUAUUUAGAUCCUGCAGCACCAAGCAGUCAGAGGCAAACCUACAGUCAUAGUGAAAAUACUCAAAUACAGACUGUGCCCUCUAAUGUAGGCCACAGCGAUGGUUACAUGACUAACCAACAGAGAGCUACGAUUGGUCACUCAUUAAUGUUGCCAUCAGAACAGAGACAUCAGAUUUGGAUGGACAAUUCUGUCCAUCAAACAGCUAUUCAUGGUCACAGUUCUUCUCCUGUUUAUCAGCAGCAGCAGACUACAGUAUUACUACUAGGAAGAGAACAUCAAGGAGAAUAUCCCUCCGUACAAACGCAAGGAGAAAGUCCACAUCCUUCCUUAUAUAAUAGUGUAGGGUCCACAUAUUCGGGAGUAGACAGGACCUUUGACAACCAAACUGGUGUAUACAGGUCUCCACUUCCGAACCAAGAUACUGCCUGCUUUGGACAGUUAGCAAACACUGGGGUAACUUGUAGGACCUGGAUACCAAACCAUGUUGUUGCACCUUCAGUCUCGUUACAAGACCAAAGCAUAGCUCAUACAUACCAUGGCAUGGCCCCAUCAGUUUUACCAGUAAAUAUUGGCAUGGCCCCAUCAGUUUUACCAGUAAAUAUUGGCAUGGUCCCAUCAGUUUUACCAGUAAAUAUUGGCAUGGCCCCAUCAGCCCAGCCACCAAAUGUAAGCAUGGCCCCCUCAGUCCUACCACAAAAUCAUGGAAUAGCACCUCCAGCUCUACCACAAAAUCAUGGCACAGCCCCUCCAGCUCUACCACAAAAUCAUGACACAGCCCCUCCAGAUCUACCACCAAACCAAAAUACUGUUAACCCUGGCAUAGGGACUGAAACGGAUGUACAGUAUAAUGGUCACACACAUGGAGGCCAUGUUCAAUACCAAAGGGAGACAACACCUGUCUUCUAUGGAGGUGAAAGUUUAGAGGCUUAUCCUUGUAUUUUGGGUUCACCAGAUGUUACUAGAAUAGAUGAGAAUUUAUACAGAGAAAGAUAUCAAGGUUCUGUGGAUGCUGGUCCGACAGCAAUAGAAGAACCUUCUACAGUACCUGGACAUCAUAGUUCACGAGAUUCCAUCCCUGCUGGUGAUUCAGAGAGCAGUGAUAGCUCAACACUAAGUGUGUCAUCCUUGUGGAACCAGGCCUUUAGAUGGGUUAGCUGGUUAGCGGGCAGCAUCAUCUCCCGUGAGGGCAUCCAUCGGUCAGACAGGUCCGAUGUCGAGGAAGACAUUACUGGGGCAAGAAUGACCAGAAGUGACAAUGUGGGGGAAGUCAGUGAUGAUGAUUCUAGGGAAAGGAUGACCACAGAUAAUAUUGCUAGGGAAAGAAUGACCACAGAUGAUGUUGCUAGGGAACCGAUGAUUGGGGAUGAUCUUGCUGGUACAAGGAUGACCAGAGAUGAACGACCUAUGAUACCUCGGAGAGUGGCACAGUCCUUGUGUGUCCUUUUCCGCCAGCUUCAAGCACGAUUUUACGAAGAGUGCCAUCACUGGGCCUUUGUAGAGCUGACCCAAAGAGAGGAAUACCGUGACCUCUUGACCCUGCUGGACACCAUUGCCCGCAUGGUCAAUGAGUCGUCGUACACAGUGACACACACAAUGCUUCGAGGCUUCAUCACAGGAGCGGCCAUGUCCCAGGCACGGCGCUACCACCACAUUGCGCAAAUCCUGCAGGAAGUGGAAGGAACAAGGGAGAUAACUUUCAGGGAGGCGGCUCUUCUGAGGAUCCAGUCAUUCGUGUUGAACCAGCAGCUGUCGCCCCAGCGUCUGUUACGUCGGUUCUGUGUGGUAAUACGUCACACUGCCAGGACCAUGAUUGUGCAGCGACGACAGCCCCAGCCAACCUAUCCCUUAGGUCCGGGAACGAGACGGCGCACGAGAGAUAGAAACAUUUUACGUCACAAUGAGGGUUCCCCGGAGCGGCGUGCGUUCCAGCCCCCAAACAUGAUGGGUCACCAGAUCCACCCAGCGGCUCUUCCCCCUCACCACCACCAGACAGUUCAGCAGCAGCCUGUCCUGAUGGACAUGGAGAGGGUCCCUGUGUCGGCUCCGGUGACCAUGACACCCUAUGGUAUCCCAGUAUGCACCGGUCCGCACCAGAUCACGAUGUGCACGGCUGCUGGCCACCUGCCCGUGUGUAACAGCCAACCGACGUGGUCUAUCCCCGCCUGCAAUGUCCAGAUCCCCGCGUCCUGUGGGGUGCAGCAGAUCCCAUCCUGUAACAUACAGCAAAUCCCCAUCCAUCCAAACUCCAUACCACCCAUGUUUCAGCCCCCUCACUCCACCAGCCAUAUACCUCAGCAUCAACUGGCCUCCCGACCGCCACAGUUUACAGGCCCCACCCAUCAGCGCCACGAGGAGGAAGUCCAGCUUAUAUCAGAUCACCGCCAUGCCUAUCCCCUCCAAGCAGCUCUACACCAGCACCACCCGGGGGCCACGGCCUUCACAGCCACGCCCCCAGUCCUCCUACAGGAGCCCAUGGUCCACCCCUCCCCUCAAGACAUUUACGGACCAUUUCACAGAUACUAUGCACGCCACCGAACGGCUGGCCGCAACGGUAGACUACGCUCCAUACCUCCUCCUCCACCACCCUACCCAGGGUUCCUGCUCCACUUCCUUGCCAUGUUGGGUAACCCUCCACUGCCGAGAUUUGGACGGGAGUUCCGAGAAGACGCAACAGAAGUAGAAAAUUACGAGGCAUUACUGAAUCUUGCGGAGAGACUGGGUGACGCCAAACCCAAGGGUCUGACCAAGCUGGAGAUCGACCAGCUGCCCGCGUACAGGUUUAACAAGGAGACGCACCACUCGGGCAUGGAUCAAACCUCCUGCGUUGUGUGCAUGUGUGAUUUUGAGAACCGCCAACUCCUCCGUGUACUACCGUGCAGUCACGAAUUCCAUACCAAAUGUGUGGACAAAUGGCUCAAGACAAACAGAACUUGUCCUAUUUGUCGGGCAGAUGCAGCAGAAGUAGCCAGCCAAUCAGAUUAGAUGUUACUUUUAAUGGUCAGCCAAUCAGAUUAGGUGUUACAUUUAAUGGCCAGCAAGUCUGAUGUGGCUGUUACCUCUACUGAUAGCACUGUUUGGCUGUUCCAUCUAUCAAACACACCUAAUAAGAGCUGUAACAGGGACACUUAGGUGCAGGAUGAGUAGAUGGCUCGGUCGAUUUUUCAGUGGUCGACGUAUGAGCUGUGUGAGAAGGUCGACCCAUGAGCUGUGUGAGAAGAUCGACCCAUGAGCUGUGUGAGAAGAUGAGAUUCUACGGAACACAUCCCUAAUUGAUGAAUUGAUUCAAGUUUGACGAAAGAAACAUUUUUUCACGAAAUGGAAUGGCAGUUACAUGAAUGGACUGUACUCCGCAGCAUUUAAAGUUUCUUGGAAGGUUGAUAUGGCAUGCUCUGCAAGACAGUUUUUUUUGUUUUUUUUGCAAAAGACUAUACUUAAUAUUGUAAAAUGGUGCAUUAUAAGUAUUGAACAAUUCAUACAGACUUUUUCUAUAAAAGCGACCAAGGUUGAAUUGUGCGAUAAUUAACAGAUUCAUUAUUCUAUGUACCAUUUUUUUUUCCCCCAAACUCUUGUCAUGAAAUAUCAGUAUGAAGUUGUAGUUUCAUUUUUUAGGUGUUACUCAAUUGUUUAUCAUGUUUUGUUAUUUUCUGGGUGUUUUUUUUGUUGAAUACCACUUCUGGUAGCCGAGUGUGUUGUUAUACAGUGAUUAGUACCAACAGGUCACUAGCCAUUCAUUGCCUUUGGCAACAACAGGAGAUAGAACAAACGCUGGUUGUCAUUGUUGGAGGGGUGUCAAGUUAUGAUGUUUAUUGGAAAUACAACCUUAUAUGGAAAGGCAUUGCUUGUUAUGACCAUAUAUAGUCCAGCAUUGCUUGUUAUGACCAUAUAUAGUCCAGCAUUGCUAGUUAUGACCAUAUAUAUAGUCCAGCAUUGCUAGUUAUGACCAUAUAUAGUCCAGCAUUGCUAGUUAUGACCAUAUAUGGGCCCACAUUGCUAGUUAUGAUUAAAUAUGGACAGGCAUUGCUAGUAAUGACCAUAUAUGGACAGGCAUUGCUAGUUAUGACCAUAUAUGGACAGGCAUUGCUACUAACGACCAUAUAUGGACAGGCAUUGCUAGUAACUUUUCAUCUUUCCUAUCAAGUGUAAGAAAUGAGUUUGGGCAUUACUGAGGUGAAACCUUUGUCUGUUAUUCUUGUGGAGCGUGACGGAGCCUGGAUUCACCAGCACCAGAUUGGUUUUUAUAAUAACUCGAUUAUCAUUGCUAUAAAAACAACUUUUCUGGAUUACCAAACCUAGAAAUGUCUCUUUCAUUACAUGCUUUUCUAAAUUAAUUAUUGAAAACAAGAUUCUGGACUACUGCACUGUAAACGUUCCAGAUUUAUACACGGAUGUGAUGACCUCCAGGCUUGGUCAGUUCACCGCUGUGACCAACGUGCAUGAUUAACAAUGGUCACAGACUGAGUAGUUUCUAUCUACUUACAGUAGAUAAUUUGGUUUGUUAUACUUGUUUGUAUAUUUUUUGUUGCCCCUGUAAUACCAGUGAUGGACAACAAAUCCUGAUGCUCCAUAACCCUGCGUGUACACAUCCAUUUCUGUCUCAUAUUUUUGCUAUACAGAGUAGGCUCCCCUUGUUGUGCUUAAUCGAUUUCCCUGCGGUUAAAUCAGGGACAUGAAACUGGUAUAUAGAGACCAUUAUUUUACGGGUGAUUCAUUAUACCGGGUAUUUACAGCAAAGAGAUUUUUUUUUUUUAAUAAGUUAAUUAUUUUUCUUAAUAUUAAUUAAUGAGUGACAUGGGUUACAAUGUCUCUUUGACAGUUCAAGAGACCAACAGAAAUAAAAUACCUGGUAGUUUAAAAUUGUCACAUGUUGAGGGAAUAUUUGUCUUUGAAAGUGUCGACGACUUUGGGAAGAUGCAGCAUUGAAGCUGUUUGUAUGGCCAGUAGUUAAUAAAGACAAAAAGAAAUCUGUUUUUGCUAAAUCGUUUGGAAUUAUUGAACGGAUCAAUCAACUGACAUCAAUCAUCUAAGCUGACGUUAUAUCAUUUUUUUAUUUUUUUUUGACGGGACUAUUCAACUUUUUACCUCUCAUGCAAUCCUGAUCACCCCUAAAUUUCCACAAUAGAAUGUUAAUGCUGUUUGUGUAGGAACAGUCUAUUUCCAUCUGAGGGGGUAACCAGGAUACGUUCAACAUUCUCAUUAUUGUAACAUGCCAAAACAAUUUGUUUGGCAUAUUUUUGUGCUUGUAAAGUUAUAAAAUUUGUCUUCGCCCCAUCCUGAGUACUUUUACCAAAUCUUGACUGUAAAAAAUAUCCAAUUAUAGCACAUAUUUCAUAUAGCAUACUGUUUGUAUGUAACUGUUUAAUCAAAGCAUAAACUGAAUGUUACUCUUGGUGUUCCGUAAAAGAAGCUGAUAAGUUAUACCUACAAACUUCUUUUUUACAAGAUAUUUAUAAAAUCAGUCCUUCAAAAUAAAGGUUAACUUAACAAUAUGGUGACAACCUUUUCCUCGAAGCAUAGUUUCCAGAAUUUUGAAUAACAUUUUUAGAAAGAAAAAAAAUGUUAGCAUUCAAUUCAAUUUUCCCUUUGUAAAAAUGCCAUAUAUUUAGUAUUAAAAUUUGAAAAUCUGAGUUAACAAGCUUUGAUCCAUUGUCCCCAGUUAUAUAUGUUAUUUAGCAAUAUUACGAUUAGCGACUUCCCCUUUGUUAUUGAUUGUUUUCCCGUUUUCUGUUUGCCAAUUUUGGGUAUUAAGGGCUACGUAUUUACCAUUUUUUAAAGGUUAUGUUUAGAGUGGGUCACCUCUAACAAGAACGGGGUUCCUGAAAAAAGACGACCACAUACGCACACAACAAUAAAACUGAAAAUGUCUGUCGUUCUGUUCACCUCGACUCAUUGUACAAAAUACAACAUGGAGUGAAACAGCUUUAGAUUUGGUGAUCACUGUAUACCAGGAAAUUUUCUCCUCGGUUUAACUUUUGCCUUUUUCGCCUUUCAUAAUUAGGGCGAAUUUAUCAUGCGAAUGUUAUUACACAACGUACAACAAUAUAUAGAAAGUGUUCAUAAAGGGCAAAAUUAAGCCUUGGCAAAUACAUAUUUUCACAGUGCAGGGCUAAGGUUUGACUUGAAGAAUGUUUCACUGUUUACAGCUUGUCACUAGUGUUUCGUUGGCACUGCAUGAAAUUCAUGAACACAAAAUUUAUUCCAAAGUCAAUAUGAACAUUUUGUAAAUUGCAAGUUUUCGCAUUUUUCUGAAGAACAUUGUGAGUUUUGAGUGUUACGGUGGACAGUGCUACGAGACAUUUGCGUUGAGGGCCCAUCAUUGUCUAUGACCGACUGCCCAACAUUGUAACCCGUUUUUUUGUCGUUCGUGUUGUUACUGCAUUUACAUGUAUUAUGUUUAGUGCAUAUUUUGUUUACAAAUUUUACAAUUUCACAUUAUAAUGAUUCUUUUUGCUAUAUUUAAAAGAAUGUUGUAAAUAUCUUGUUUUCUUCAUUUAGAUUUCAAAGUUUAAGCUUGGAAUAACAUUAAUCUUGACGAGAUUUUUUUUAAUUAAAUGUUAUGUGCUGCUUGUUAAGACACCAUGUUUAGCAAGUGUGUAUUUCAGGGAUUUUCACUAGAUUCCAGGGCAGUAUGAUUUUGACUGAUUUGAUUGGCUAUUAUUUGAAGUUAUUCCAAAAUGUUACCAAUCAUUCAGCAGAAUUAUGUUAUGAACACAUGAAGCAAGAUGGCUGGUAGAUUAUUGCAAACAUUUUCUUUGAAAACACUAAGCCAGAAUAAAAUUUAUGAAAUCAUUUUUUAUUUAAUGGGGGAAUGAGGCCCCCAUUAAAUGGCAUUGGGGACAAUAGUGAUGAAAGUGAAAUGAAAUAUACGGGGAAUAACAUUUUAAAGUAGAUUGAUAUUUUACUUGUUUGGUUGUGAUGAUAUGGCCAUUAGUUUGUAUUAGAUCCUGCCUGCAGACACUUAUAAUUAUGUUGAACUUUGUCGAAGUAACAACAAUGCAAUAUACCGGUAUCUAUAUCUGCUCAGAGCUUGAAACAUGUAUGUUUUUUUCUCAGGCCUGUGUGCUGAACUGUUUUAAGCAUUGCUUCGGUUUAGGGUACAAGUUGGCAAUUGUUUGUGAGGCAUAUAUAAUCACAGAGUCUGACUUUAAAAGGGACCCAGCCUUGUUUUUUAAAGCAAACCCGAAGUUGAAAUUGAACAGUAUUGCCAGAUCUUCUUAAAGAGUAAGAAUCUGGCAUUGUUGUUGAUUCUCGACGUCAGAGUUUUAUUUUUGGUCAAAUAAAGAAAAAUCUGUUUCCUAUUACAAUGAUUUAUCUCAUUUUUGGUGUCAACCUCAACAUUUUUUGUUUGUUAAGUAUUACCCACACUGGGGGACAAGGCGGAAUAUUUUUUUUCUGUGUUGUGUUUGUCCCUGCUCAAUUUGUAAACUUCAAAAGGGACUGGUCAAAUGAAUUGAUUUCACGAUGGUGUUGACAAGCUGGUUAACUGUUUCAUGAAAAUAAAUCAUUAGACCUGCAAUGUACCCGUCAGAAAAAUGGCAAGUCCUGUUUCUAACUGGCUUAGAACAAAUCACAAAGAGCAUUUGUAAAAACAAUUUCCAAAUAGGUUUUGUCUAGCUUCCCUCGGUUUUCAAAGAAUGUAGCGGGAAACAGAUUAUUUUUUACUUUGACUAAGGAAUUGGGGCCAUAUGCUUCAUAUGUAUGUAUUUGUGUGCACAUUGAGAUUUUCAUAUUCAUAUACAAUUCGUAAAAUUGUAUUUGUACGUGUCCUUGUUUCAGAGGUUAACGUUUUACCAACUAUCAACUCUUCCUCUACGGAGCUGCAAUAACUGUCUUAGAUAUUUUUUUCUUCCAUCAUUUUGUUCUCAUCCGAUUGUUCUUUCGUUGAAGAAUUAACAUGCUUUUUCUAGCCUUAUGAAAGACACCCAUAUCAUUUCCAAAUUCAUACCUCACGUUCCACACGAUGUUAAAAAAAUCCUGUAAGUGAUGUAAACAGCAGGUUUCUUGUUUAUGUAUAUUCGACGAAGUGUCUGUUGUCUCCGUAUAUGAAGGGUUGGUGCUGUUAGAUAAAUAUUUUUUAUGCUCGCUGAUGAAUAUUUCUCUCUGAAUAUUCUUGUUCCAACUCCAUGACGACAUUCAAAUCUAUUUAUAGCUUUGCGUUUUCUCUUCAAAUUUAUAAUGAUUUUUAUUUCCUUGGGUCAUCUAGUGAAUGAUCUCACAGUCCAAUAUAUUUUCAAAAAGUUACGAGUUUUGGAACUUAAAGCGCAUUCUAUAUCUCAUAUUUAAAACCUACAACAGUUCUAACAAGAUUCAGUGCUAACUCCAAACCUUUGUCAAUGCCAAACCAAAUUGUUAAUUAUUAAUCUGAUGACCAAUUAUCAGGUCUUUUUAUAAUACAAAAUCAUUAUAACGAAGGGAAAUGUUAUAAGCUUUAUGCUAAUAAUGUUAGGUUGUUUUUUUUAUACAUUUUCAUGUUAUGUAAUUAUUAGUUGCCUGCACUGUUUAUCAAGUGCUUAGCUAAAUGAUUUAGGAGUUUUGAAUUUUUGAAUUUCAUCAAAUAUGGCGAUUAUUUCUUCUUUUUUUCCCCAUAUUCUCAUUAGAGUUCUUCAGUUUUGUUUUGUGUUACAUAGAGAUUACACAAAUAUGUCCUAUUUUGAUUCAUGUUGCCAAUAAGACGACAACUGUAAUAGAACUACAUCAAUUAAUCGCCCCCUCGAGUAACAAGGGGCUCACUUUAUCUACCUCUUUUGAAUAGCUAGGCCAGCGAUCUGUAAAAUAAUUAUCAUAUAUUUUGCAAAUCUGUCCUGCUUUACAUCAUCAAUAGACAAAAAUUAUAUAUAAUUAUAAAUUACAUAUAUUAUAUACAUAUAUUAUAUACCAAUUAUCGUAUGUAAGAAUUUGCACAGUUUCUAUUUUACAGAAGAGUUACUAUGGUUAGUUGGUUCUGGAUGCAUUGCACCUCUUCUGUGACCUUAGAAUGACCUCUCCCGUGAACUUUGACCUUUAGCACACCCCUAGCUUUGUUACGACCUUGAUUGUUUACGGAUUUUAACUGUACUGUUGUCCAGACCAGACAACUACAGUCGAGCAAUAAUAAAGUACAGAUAUCUUUA